GUAAUUGUCAAUUAUUACUAAUUAAACAGUUUUUUUAAACUAAUUGUUGGGAUAUUUGAUGAAACGAUAGGAAUAUACUAAACAAGUGGUAGCGAUGAAGACACCGGCCUUUUUGUUCCCUUUCGGCACAUUUAGAGGCUAUUUGUUUAGUUACGGAAUGGCCGGACUCUAUGGAGGACUCACUGCCUUCGGAACUGUUAUGCAGAUAAUACUCAAGAGGAAGACAUUCUUCACAAUAAAGCCACGACCGACUCCUCCGGCGUGUCUUCUCGACAGUGCGUUAGGCGAACACCGCUUCGUUCAGACAAAGCCACGACCGACUCCUCCGGCGUGUCUUCUCGACAGUGCGUUAGGCGAACACCGCUUCGUUCAGACAAAGAAUGUAAAACUGCAUUACGUCUGUAAGGGUGACCCACAGAAGCCGUUAAUGCUAUUCCUUCACGGAUUCCCUGAAGUUUGUUUGAGGGGUUAUGGAGAUUCUGACAAACCCGACGGUGUGGCAAACUAUGCGGUCGACAAACUGGUGGACGACGUGAGAGAUGUUGUGCACGCGUUGGGCAAAGAGAAGUGCAUUCUUGUGUCGCACGAUUGGGGCGGACUCGUCGGCUGGACUACAGCCGCUCAAUAUCCCGAACUCGUCGACAAGUUUAUUGUAUGCAAUGCACCGCAAAUCAAACAUUUUAUGAACGCUAUUGAGUCUAAUUGGAAACAAUUUUUUGCAUCAUGGUAUAUCUACUUUUUCAACCUGCCAUUCCUGCCUGAGUUGCGAUUCCGAUGCAAUGACUUACAAGUGUUUGACUAUAUAUUCAAAAAGCUGGGCACUAAAGAGGACGUCGAGGCGUAUAAAUACUAUUUCUGUAGACCGGGUGCUCUCACGGCUCCCAUUAACUACUAUCGGGCUCUACAGCGUUGUUAUGGCGCCGACUAUUUGGACAAAAUCAAGAAUAAAAGGAUUACUUCUCCGACACUUGUGUUGUGGGGAAGGGAUGACAUCGCACUCACCGAAGGACUCGCGGCCGACAGUUGCAAAUCAUGCGACAACUAUACCAUCAAAAUGAUCGACAAUUGCUCUCAUUGGACACCUUUUGACAAACCAGAUAUCGUUAACAAAUACAUCCAUGAAUUCUUGGAUAAAACCAAAUAAUCCAAUCUAUGAUAACACAUAUUUUACAGGA